AUUUACUGAACGUGGCACCACCGGGUUUCGCCGUACCUCCGCCAAAAGCUCCGUACAUCACGCAACAUGUAUACAGACGACGUCAAAAAACCCAGGCCCAGACAUGGAUCAUGUUCCUUCAGCUUUCUCACGACGCAAAGAGUAUAAAAAUCCGGGAAGCGGGAAAUCCCACCACUGCAGCUCCUCACACAGGGGCUUGGAUCGCAUGCUUCCACACCACUGAUCGCCAAAAACGAGCAGCCUGCCUGCAUGCAUUAGAUAAUCUCACAUACACACACACCACACUACCUAGCCAAAUCGAAGGUCAAGGUCGAACAUGUCGGCAAGCGAGACAGAGAGCGACGUUCACAAAACCGAAAUCAGAAAUGGACGAAGCAUCAUGUCCGACCCCGAUAUCACAGGCCCAAAAGCCACGCACGAAAAUGGGAAGGACAAGGCUCCUGCCGGUGAGAAGGACAUGGUCCCUGCUGGGGAGAAGGACAAGGACAAGGACACUGCCGCCGACAAAGAGAAGGGUCCUGAUACUGAGGCCAAUGGCGGUGAUGAUGCUGUUGCCGACCCCAACAUCGUGGGCUGGGACGGACCCGACGACCCGGCAAACCCUCGCAACUGGUCCAAGAGGCGCAAGAUGUUCAACGUCUCGCUUGUUAGCCUCUCGGUGUUUUAUUCGAAUAUCGCCACGACCAUGUUCGCCCCAGGCGCAUCGAAGCUUGCCGAGGAGUUUGGCAUUACCAGCACCGUCAUCAUGACGCUAGCAGUGUCGAUUCCCUCGCUGGGCGCAUCCCUGGGCCCGCUGCUGUUUGCGCCGCUGUCAGAAGUGACGGGGCGCGUGCCCAUCUACUGGGCCAGCAGCACUCUAUACCUGGCCAUGACCUUCGGCUGCGCGUUCAGCACCAAUGCCGGCAUGUUCCUGUUCUUCCGCGUCAUCUGCGGCGCCUGCGCCGCCUCUUUCAUGACCGUCGGCGGCGGCACCAUCGCCGACCUGCUGCCCAAGGAGGAGCGCGGCACAGCUACGGCCAUGUUCAGCAUCGGGCCGCUGCUCGGCCCUGUCACCGGCCCCGUCAUCGGCGGGUUUGUGACGGGGCGUUUGGGUUGGCGGUGGACCUUCUACUUGGUGCUUAUGUUUGCCGGCGUCGUCACAAUAACCGCCAUGAUCACGAUGCGCGAGACCAACGCCACCGAGAUCCUCACUAAGAAGGCCGCCCGCCUGCGCAAGGAGACAGGCAACCUGGAGCUGCGGCCCGCCAACGCCAAGAAUGUCGAGGUGCGCCAGCUCGUCGAGCGUGCACUAAUUCGGCCGUUUCGUAUCCUCCUCUUCUCGCCCAUCGUCUCGCUCAUCGGCUUAUACAUGGGUCUCGUCUUCGGACUGACCUUCCUCCUCUUCGCGACCUUCCCGUCUGUCUUUGAGGAGACGUACGGCUGGGCCGUCGAUGUCUCCGGACUGGCGUACCUGGGCAUCGGGGUUGGCGCUACUAUCGGCCUGGGCAUCUUUGCCAAGACGAGCGACCGGCUGCUGCGAGUGGGUGGCGGGCCUGAGCGUCGCCUGCCGCUGAUGAUCUGGUUUGGCCCCUGCGUUCCCAUCGGCAUCUUUAUCUACGCCUGGUCCACCGAGUACAAGGUGCACUGGAUAGUGGCCAUCAUCGGCACCGCCUUCAUCGGCAUCGGCGUCAUGAUGGUCACCUCGUCGUCACAGCUCUACAUGAUGGACAUGUACGGCCCCCAGGGUGCCGCGUCGGCGCUGGCAGCCGCCACGCUGGUGCGGAAUGGCUACGGCGCCUUUCUGCCCCUAGCUGCGGAUCCCCUCUACAAGAGCCUUGGCUUGGGUUGGGGAAACAGUGUCUUGGGAUUCAUCGCUAUUGCCUUCUUGCCCGUGCCGAUUCUCUUUUACAAGUAUGGCUUGUAUCUGCGAGAGAGGUUUCCUCUGAAGCUUUAGACGAGUGCCUAAUAAGAAUUUGUCUAUUUCUGCGCAGCUGGAGGUCGACUUGACCUAUUUCCUAGAGUCAUUGUGUUGGGGUUAAAAGGGGGGGCCGUGAGGGAGAACAAAUCCGUCUUAGAUCGGCGAUGAAAUUCCCGCCUCUGUUACUUCAUGUUGCUCAUAUUAGGUAGACACCCUGCUCUAGCAUUUUAGAACUAGCUCCGAAAUACUCCGAGCCUUAAAUAAUAGAAGCAAUACUGGCC